AUGGAGCCACCUGAGUUUACCAAGGACCCCAGUAACUCAACAAUGGAACCACCUGAGUUUACCAUGGACCCCAGUAACUCAACAAUGGAACCACCUGAGUUUACCAUGGACCCCAGUAACUCAACAAUGGAACCACCUGAGUUUACCAUGGACCCCAGUAACUUGACAAUGGAACCACCUGAGUUUACCAUGGACCCCAGUAACUCAACAAUGGAACCACCUGAGUUUACCAUGGACCCCAGUAACUCAACAAUGGAACCACCUGAGUUUACCAUGGACCCCAGUAACACAACAAUGGAACCACCUGAGUUUACCAUGGACCCCAGUAACACAACAAUGGAACCACCUGAGUUUACCAUGGACCCCAGUAACUGA